UUUAGUUUUAUAAACCGGAUCGACUAGAUAAUUAAACAAAAUCAGGGGGGUUAGUUUUCAAUAUCAAAAACAAAAGUAUUUAUAAGCUUGAUAGUGUUUUUGGAAAGACCUAAUCGUGGGUUUACUUUACUCUAAUGGUAUACUCUUGGGUUCAAGCUGUCGCCUCUGCGGCUACAAGUCUCAUAGUCGAACCACCGUGGAAAAAGAGGAAACCGAAUCCACCUCCUCCACAGUCGUUUUUGUCGCUUCCAGAUGUAAUUAUUCUAAACUGCUUUGCCCGCGUAUCGAGGUCCUACUACCCUAAACUCUCCCUAGUCUCCAAAACCUUUCGCUCUCUCAUCUUAUCCAUUGACCUCAACCACGCACGCUUUCACCACCAAACACAAGAAGACAUUUUUUAUAUAUGUUUACAGCUUCCCGACCGUCCUCUUCCAACAUGGUUCACCCUUUGGAUAAAACCUGACGAGGAGGAGGUGAAGAAGAGAUCUACCUUUGUACAAGUGCCGUUUUCCUACAAUUCUCGAGAACCGUCGUCCUAUUGUACGGUUGGUUCAGAUCUCUAUGCACUCAGACAAAGCUAUCCUCCGUCCCCCUCAAUGUUUGUCCGCAACAAGAAGAGUGUUGUAUGGCGUAACGCACCCAACAUGACUGUACCUCGAGCGUAUCCCGUUGCGUGCAAACUAGAUGGCAAGAUAUAUGUAAUGGGAGGUUGCAAUGAUGACAAAUCCAAAAAAUCAUGUUGGGGUGAGGUUUUCGAUACAAAUACUCAAACAUGGGAAACUUUACCUAACCCUAAGGCUGAGCUCCGAUUCUCUUCGAUGAUUAGAGAAACAGGGAUUAUCGAAGGAAAGAUAUACGUUAGGAGCAUCGAUGAGAUAGAUUCUGUUUAUGAUCCAAAAACACGAAAGUGGGACGCUACAGAAAAAGCACUCGUGGAUGAUAGUAGGUCUAUGGUAAUGGUAGGUGAUUUAUAUUACUCUUGUCGUGCGAAAAGUUGCAAGUGGUAUGACACAAAUUGUGACAAGUGGAAACUAGUCAAGGGGUUGUCUUCGUUGAAUAAGAGUUAUUGUCGUCGUGGUUUGAUUGAAACAGUUGAGUAUUGUGGGAAACUCUUAAUCAUUUGGGACAAGUUUGCGCAGCCUCGUCGUUAUUGUCAUGAAAAGACUAUUUGUUGUGCUUUGGUUGCGUUUGAAAAGCGCCAAAAUGGUCAAGUUUGGGGAAAGGUUGAGUGGUCUAAUGCUGGGCUUACGGUUCCAAGUUCAUACGUUUACUUGCGUUAUUUAGUGAAUGUCUUAUAAAUUUAAUUCUUAUAACAUUGUUUAGAAUCUUUGGUAGCACCAACGAUUCAUAUAGAUCUAUUACCUAUUCUUUGGUAGCUUUUCUGAACUUUUAUUAAUUAGUUUGGUGUGACACUAUGCCACUUGUUUUUUUGUUUAUGUUUGUCUUUGUUUUUGUUUUUGUCUGUGCUUGGUGCUGACUUUAAAAUAGUAGAAGAGGAACAAAUGUAGAGGAAAUGUUUUCUUGUUGAUUUUAAAUCUAGUAAACUGAGGUUGGGCAUUGGCUGAGCUUUUAUAUGGGCAUUGGCUGAGCUAGAUUUCAUUUUUAUAUGGGUUAUAACGCAUCUAUUAUAGAUUAAAAAAAAAGUUACAUCUAUGAAUUUGGACCUAUGGCAUGUGUGUCAAAAGGUGGGAUCUGAACUAAAUUAUCACAAUAACAACGUGCACAUUAGGCCUACAAGCUUAUAUUUAUAGAUUCCACAUGGUUCAGUUGACCACCAUACCUCUUAAGUGGCUCGGCCACUGGUUGUGGGCAAAUGAAUCCAAGAAUUGGGAAGAGGUUUUCGACUUAAAACUCAAACAUGGGAAUCACUACGACAUUACCUGACCUGGCUCCGAACUAGUGCUACCAAAUUUAUAUUAGUGAUAAAUUUAAAAGUAAUGUUAGUAAAUAUGAUACAUAACUAAUAUAUAAAUAAUUUUUAAACAUAAAACAUUAUAAAUAUAAACUAGUUUUAUGUUUAUAUAGAUAACUUAUAGAUUUUUGAUAGUUUUAGUAUUUUAAUAACUUUAAGAUCCAAUCCGGUUACGUGAUCGAUUCAUGGUUAAACCAAUUAUUAGAUCUAGCCCGGUUCAUGGUUAAACCUGAUCCAAUCAUCGGGUCGGUCCGGUUUUAAAAACACUGAUAUGGAUCGAAAGAGAUUCUAAGUACUAAUUCUCUCUCUUUAUCGACAGACCGAUCUGAAGCUGGAUUGUGUUGUUUAUUAAUCCAAGGCUCAAACACUGUAACCGAGGCCCAAUAAGUUUUGUUAACUAUAAGGGCCCAAAAAGGAUAUAGCGUGUCAACCAACCCAAAAAAGUAAAUUACACUACCCAUAAAAAAAGAAGAGAUUUUGAGAACACGAAGACGAGCUUGGGCAACAAGAAAAAAACAUUAGUAAAUUAAUCUUCUUUUUUGGCUUCUGUCCAAGAAAAAAAAAAGAUUCUUUCAACAGAAGGAGAAAGUAGAGAUUUUUUUGUAGUCGAAUUCGGAAAAAAAUGGCUCUAAGCUUUGGAUUGAUUUGAAUUAAGAAAAACAAAAAUGUUUGCAGCUCGGCGUCUUCUUCUUUCCUGCAAACAAGGUGCGAAUCAAGCCGCCAGUUUUCUCCGAGG